UCCAUAGACCCAAGCAGUUUGGUGUCUGUGUUUCAGUUUGUUUUACUCAAACACAAACAUUGCCACAAAUUGCUUGAGUACACAAAUUUGCAAGUUAAACUUGAGCGAAAAUCACCAAUACAGUGUACUGCAAUCUCUAAAUAUCUCCAAAAACCAGAAUGACUCAUCGCGGAGUUUCCUUUUCGGAGUUUUUUGUAAAAACCCCAUCUAGUCGGUGCACCGAGCUGAAGGCCCAAAAGGUGGCCAAUGAACUGGUGAUGAAAAACAAAGAGGUGCGGGACAAGUUGUUAAACAAUCGAUUACCCACCUAUUCGGAACUCCGAAAGAUAAUGCGAUCGGCGGGCAGGCAAGCGGACCUAAAUCCGGUCACCUAUAAGAGCAUGAUGGAGAUACGACAGUCACAAAUCGAUCAUAGACGUCUGAAGAGUAUCAAAUCCUCGGGAGACUCUUUUGGUUAUCAGGCUCGCAUCCUCAAUCGCAGUCAGUUGACCAACGAGUUCGGCCAAAAACAGGACAUCUUUCGCAAAAAUCUCGAGCUCCUCGGGCGGAUCAACAAGACCAAUCGACUGAAGGGCUGCAUUGAUAGCUUCAAUCGCCAUUAUCCCGCCCUUCAGCCGAAUCGGAGCAAGAUCCGUGAGCUGGCAGACCGUCUGAGCCAGGAGAACAGGCAACUCGGUUGCCGCCUUUCGCAGGUCAAGUCUAAGGUGGACUCUCACAAUCCUUGGGUGGCGCCCGUCAAGCCCCUUGAGCAGAAGGCCUCUGAACAGACGGUGAAGGCAUUUCUACCCUAUAUGCCAUCGCCCCGGUUGGGAAAACGUACUGCCCAUGUCCUGUUGCGUCCCAUAAUAUAUUUCGAUUUGGCAGUAAGGGAGAACAACCAGUUCUUGGGUCGAUUACUCCUGCAACUCUACACGGAACUCAGUCCGGAGGUGGUGCUGCAAUUUGUGCGAAUGGCCACCCACAACGAUGUAAGAUGCCAUCGGUUUGUGCGAAUAUUUUCGGAUCUUUGGAUGGAGGGAGAACUUGUGCCGCAUGGCAACGAUCCUUUGCGUAACCAUCACAGCGUAAAGUACUCCUUUCUGGAACCCACCAAGUUGACGGGGGUGAUCUCGUAUCCGUGGGACUAUCGCCACCACUUUCCCCAGGGUCUCCUCAGCUACACCAUCAGCUUCAAGCCCUCGGUGGUUCCUUGGCAGCGGGUCAUCUUCGGACGGAUCUGCGGUGGCCUCAGGGUCCUCCAGAACUGCCACGAGUUCAGCACCAAAAAUGGCAAAAUGAAGAAAACCGUGAUUGUCACACGGUGUGGCCUGCUCUAAUGGGAGUCCAUACGUACAUCGCCCGGCUCAUUAUGCACCUGCAUUAACAUAAGCCAAAAAAUUGGGGUUGGAGUGGCAAAAUUGUAGCACACCUUUGUGGCCCAAUGCAGCAGAAUGUUUUUUCUCCAACAAAAUGCAAAUAAAAUUGUGA